UAGUCAGCUCUCAGACAGAGGUGGACGCUCUCUACACCCUCCUCAAUCACAGAUCAUGAAGGAGAGGAGAGGGAAAAUGGAACUCCCAGAAGUCCACCAAGGAGGAAGGGAGACAAAUGGAUCCACCAAAAACCAGACCUCAGAUCCAGUGGAACAUCUCCAGGGGGCGAUGGUGAGUUUCCACAAGAUCCACUAUAAAGUCAAGAAGGGAGGAUGCCUGCCAUGUCGUAAAGUCUCUUCCAAGGACAUCCUCAUUGACCUCAAUGGGAUUAUGAAACCAGGUCUGAAUGCCAUCAUGGGAGCUACAGGAAGUGGAAAAUCAUCGUUUCUGGAUGUGCUGGCUGCUAGGAAGGACCCCGUGGGCCUGACGGGGGAGGUCCUGAUAGACGGCGCACCCCAACCUCCAAACUUCAAAUGUCUCUCAGGAUAUGUGGUGCAGGAUGAUGUGGUGAUGGGGACUCUGACCGUGAGGGAGAACUUUAGUUUCUCUGCAGCACUGCGUCUCCCCACCAGUGUCUCCCAGCAGGAGAAGGACACUCGGGUGGAGCAACUCAUCCAGCAGCUUGGCCUGGUGAAAGUAGCUGACUCCAAGGUAGGGACCCAGCUGAUCCGGGGAGUGUCUGGGGGGGAGAGGAAGAGGACUAACAUCGGCAUGGAGCUCAUCAUCAACCCUGGUGUGCUCUUCCUGGACGAGCCGACCACCGGACUGGACGCCAGCACCGCUAACUCAGUGCUACUGCUGCUAAAGAGGAUGUCUGAACAUGGUCGCACCAUCAUCCUGUCGAUCCAUCAGCCUCGUUACUCCAUCUACCGGCUUUUCGACAGCCUCACACUCCUGGUCAAUGGCAAGCAGGUUUUCCACGGACCAGCACAGAACGCACUGGGAUACUUCUCUGAAAUAGGAUACACCUGUGAGCCCCACAACAACCCAGCCGACUUCUUUCUGGAUGUCAUUAAUGGAGACUCCUCAGCCUUGAAAGACAAUGAGGAGGUUGAUUCAGGGGAGGGCUCCUCCAGGAAGGUGGAGGAGAAACUGGUGGAGGGGUACAGGAGCAGCAGCUACUUCAAGGACACCAAGGCUGAGCUCGAGAGGAUCACCCAGGGGAAGGAGGUGUCCACAGCUCCUGUAGCCCGUACCAUCACCUACACCACCGGCUUUGGGACCCAGUUCAGAUGGGUCCUCAAGAGAACCUUUAAGAACCUCCUGCUCAACCCUCAGACCUCCAUAGCCCAGGUGGCGGUGACUCUGUUUCUGGCUCUGAUUGUGGGCGUCAUUUUCUUUGAUGUACAGGAGGACACAUUUGGUAGUCAGAACAGGUUUGGAGCUCUGUUCUUCAUCACUAUAAACCAGUGCUUCAGUUCUUUGUCAGCAGCUGAACUUUUCAUCGCAGAGAGGAAGAUCUUUAUGCAUGAGUAUACAAGUGGCUACUACCGCCUGUCUGUGUACUUCCUGUGUAAGCUCCUGUCUGACAUCCUCACCCUGAGAACCGUCCCUGCCAUCGUCUUCAGCUGUGUGGCCUACUUCAUGAUCGGUCUGAAGGCGACUGUCGCAGCGUUCUUCACCUUCAUGCUUAGUGUGGCGUUGACGGCGUACACGGCCACCUCCAUGACCAUGGCCAUCUCCGCCGACCAGACGGUCGUCGCCAUCGCCAACAUCUUCAUGACCAUCACCUUUGUCUUCAUGAUGAUCUUUACAGGUCUUCUGGUGAAUCUUACGAGCAUCCCAGUUUGGCUGGCCUGGCUGAGGUACUUCAGUAUCCCUCGAUACGGAUUAUCAGCGCUUUUGGUAAACGAGUUCCGGGGUCUUACGUUCUGCAACAGUACCUCUUCACCAGGUCAAAUAUGUACAGGGGAAGCCUUCCUGGCGUACCAGGGAGUAGAUGCCUCCGACUGGGGCUUAUGGCAGAACCACAUGGCCCUGGGGAUCAUGACCUGCAUCUUCCUGUCCAUCGCUUACACCAAACUACGCUUCAUCAAAAAGUUCACCUGAUGGCCAGCUCCGCGUGUCACCAGUGGAACACUGUGUUUGCACUGGGCAGCCUCCAGUACAACCAGUGGAAGACCGUGGUUGUUAUUGGGGAGGAAACAUUGAUUAUUAAAUGUUUUAGUGCUUUUGUAAAAUAAAUGCAUCUCCAUUCAUGCUUGAUUUCAGUAUUGAAUUUGUAAUAAUUUAGAAAUUGAAUUGUAUCUUACACAGAUGUGAUCUUUUUAAUAUAAUGCUUUAUUGUAUUUUAUGAAGAUUUUAUUCAUGUUUAUGGCUAAUACCGUUGGUGGAACGUGAAGCCGCACUUCUAACAUUCAUUUGUUAUAAAUGAUAGUUGCACACUGGAUGGUUUUACUUAAAGUGUUUAUGAUUAGUAUUUCAAUUAAAAAUACCAUACCUGGUUGGUUUC